CGCGCUCGCGGUCCUUCAUUAUAUUUGUGCCGCGAGUGGCGUCAAUUUUUGGAAAUCAAGCGGAAAUUUGAACUCUCAUGUUUACGUGCUCAGUCUAAUUUGUAUUACAAUUUCUUCUUCGUCGAGCACGAACGUUUGGGAUAACCGGAACGUCCUGUGCCUCCUGUGCUGCGAUAAGUGAACACUAUCAAUUUUUAUCAAAAACAAAGGGUUUGACAAAGUGCCUUGAAUUACACUAAUAAUAAAGGGUAUAAAAACGUAUUAAAGAUGCCGGUGAAAAUUGAACCCAGAGAUGAGAUUGUUAUCAGUGGUAUAGCGGGCAGAUUUCCCGACUCUGAUAACAUUCACUUGUUGCGUGAUAAUCUUAUGAAUAAGGUUGAUCUCGUAACGGAUGACGACCGUCGUUGGCAAUUAGAUCACCCGGAAAUCCCACAGAGCGUGGGAAAAAUCAAUGGCUUGGAGAAGUUUGACGCCUCGUUCUUCGGUGUCCACUUUAAGCAGGCGCACACGAUGGACCCGAUGUGCCGGAUUCUGAUGGAGCACACCUACGAGGCCAUUAUCGACGCUGGGAUAAAUCCGCGACAGCUUCGCGGCAGCAAGACUGGAGUAUUCAUUGGCGCCUGCUUCUCCGAGUCGGAGAAGACUUGGUUCUAUGAAAAGUUACACAUCAACGGGCUGGGUAUCACGGGCUGCAGUCGCGCCAUGUUGGCGAAUCGCAUCUCCUACUGGCUGGGCGCGACUGGGCCGAGCUAUUCGGUCGACUCGGCCUGCAGCUCGAGCCUCUUCGCCAUGGAACACGCCUACCGAGCAUUGAACGACGGCAUGUGCGAGAGCGCGAUCGUCGGUGGCGUCAACCUCUGCCUCCAUCCCUACGUCUCGCUUCAGUUCUCCAGACUGGGUGUGCUAUCGCCGGACGGACGAUGCAAGUCCUUCGACGAGGCGGCAAACGGCUACGCGAGGAGCGAGGCCAUCUGCGUGGUCUUCCUGCAGAAGGCCAAGGACGCGAAGCGUAUCUACGCGACCUUCGUCCACAGUAAGACGAACUGCGACGGCUACAAGGAGCAGGGUAUCACUUUUCCCUCGAGCGUCAUGCAAGCCACCCUCCUCAAGGAAUUCUACGAGGAGAUUAAGAUACCACCGAGCACGGUGGAGUUCGUCGAGGCCCAUGGGACGGGGACGAGUGUCGGCGAUCCCGAGGAACUGAACGCGAUCGACAAGAUCUUCUGUACCAAUCGCAAGGAGCCCCUCUACAUCGGCUCGAUCAAGUCCAACUUGGGGCACUCCGAGCCAGCGAGCGGACUCUGCUCCGUCGCCAAGGUCAUUAUUGGGAUGGAAACUGGCUUGAUACCGCCAAACUUACAUCUUAAGAACAAGCGCAAGGGAAUCGAGGCUCUAGAGCAGAAUCGAGUUGUGGUUGUUACGGAACCGACGCCCUGGAACGGCGGCUUAGUUGGUAUAAAUUCAUUUGGAUUUGGCGGAGCAAACGCUCACAUCCUUCUCAAAUCCUGGACCAAAGAGAAGGUUAACAAUGGACAGCCGAAUGACGAUUUGCCCCGAGUGGUGGGUGUGUCCGGGCGUACGGAAGCAGCGGUGAUUGCUCUUUUGGAUGAUAUUGAAAGCAGAGUGACGGACGUAGAAUAUGUAAAACUUUUUCACGACAUUCAUUCGGAGGGUAUAAAGGGCCACCUAUUUCGUGGCUACACUAUCUUGCCUCCACGUGGCUACGUUGAACAGCCAAGAAGGGAAAUUAAAAACUACCUGGGAACGAAGAGGCCCGUUUGGUUCCUAUUUUCCGGGAUGGGAUCUCAGUGGCCAGGAAUGGGCCAGUCGCUGAUGCGUCUGCCAGUAUUUGCCGAGGCAAUAAGAAGAUGCGAUGCAGCUCUGAAGCCCCACAAUAUCGAUAUCGUAAAUAUAAUUACGAAGAAGGAUAAAGCAAUUUUCGACAACAUUUUACAUUCGUUCGUUGGAAUUGCCGCUAUUCAGAUCGGUCUCGUGGAUGUUCUACGAUCCGUCAACAUCGAAGCGGACAACGUGAUCGGCCACUCGGUCGGCGAGUUGGGCUGUGCCUACGCCGACGACUGCUUAACAACGGAGCAGAUGAUCCUGUCGGCUUACUCCCGUGGCCUCGCAUCCAUCGAGACGAAGUUCGUGCACGGCUCGAUGGCAGCCGUUGGCCUUGGCUCCGAGGAUCUCAGAGCGAUGUGUCCGCCCGAUAUAGAAAUCGCCUGCUAUAACGCAUCCGACAACACGACAAUCAGUGGCCCCGCAGAGUCCAUGAAGAAUUUUGUCGCCAAACUGCAAGCAAACGACAUUUUCGCAAAAGAAGUGCCAUGCAGCAACAUUCCGUACCACAGUCGCUACAUCGCUGCCGCAGGUCCCAAAUUACUCGCCUACAUGCAUAAAGUCAUCCCCGCGCCGAAACCCCGUAGCUCCAAGUGGUUGAGUACAUCGGUGCCACGUGACAAGUGGAACACCACGGCUGCCCGACUCUCGUCCGCCGAAUACUACACCAACAAUCUCCUCAAUCCCGUAUUGUUCCAUGAGACUGCCCAACUCAUACCCAAGGACGCCAUCGUCAUUGAAAUAGCGCCACACGGUCUUCUCCAGGGCAUCCUGCGACGGUCCCUCGAUCCUACCAUUACCAACAUAUCCCUAACGAAGCGAGAGCACCCAGACAACGUCGACAUGCUCGCCGUGGGACUUGGACAAAUGUUCAACUCCGGACUCCAUCCUCAGUUUGACAAAUUAUAUCCACGCGUCUCGUAUCCGGUGAGCCGCACGACGCCCAUGAUCUCGCCACACAUCAAGUGGAUACACACCGACGACUGGUACGUCACGUCCUACAGACUCCAGGAGAAAAUCACGUCGGGCGAGCGAGCGGUACGUGUCACCUACUCCGACGAGGACUUUGAGUUUAUGGAGGGGCACGUUAUAGACGGAAGGAAUCUCUUCCCUGCCACGGGAUAUUUGAGUAUUAUUUGGGAAACCAUUGGUAUGAUGCGUGGGGAGCUUUACACCGAAGUCCCCAUCGUGUUCGAGGACGUAAGGUUCCUCAGAGCCACGACCCUCACUAAAGACGGUUUCAUCGAAUUCAUCGUUAUGAUUCAGAAGGGUACUGGGAGAUUCGAAAUCAUUGAAAGUGGCACAGCUGUGGUGAUUGGUUACGUGCGCGUGCCAACUAAUAUAUCCGACGAGCGAGUAGAUCCUGAGCUAAUGAACGUUACAUCAGACAAAGAGGAGAUAAUGACAAGUCGCGACAUAUACAAAGAGCUGAGACUUCGAGGAUACAAUUAUUCCGGCCUUUUUCGAAGUAUAUUAAGCUCGACAACCGAUGGCACUAAAGGCACGAUCGCAUGGCAUAAUAAUUGGAUCGCCUUCAUGGAUAAUUUGUUACAGCUGCAGCUUUUAGGCAAAGAUACACGUGGUUUAUUCAUACCAACGGGCAUAUCGAAACUCGUUAUUGAUACGAAAGCUCACCUCCACAUGAUUCGCUCAAUGACCGAGGAUAAUCAAGUAUUUGCUGCUUACACGAACAAAUAUAUCGACAUUAUCGUUGCCGGGGGCAUAGAAAUUCGUGGCCUAAAGCCCAAUGCGAUUGCACGAAAAAAAGUGAUUAGCGAGCCCGUUCUCGAGGAAUCGAAAUUCGUGCCUUACAUGGAUGGAGCACAAGUUAGUCUUGAUGAAAUUGCGCGGCUUACGACGCAUAUCUGUUUGGAGAAUAGCGAGACGAUAAAGGUGAAAACGAUUGAGCUCCUUGAAGAGGCUGACAAUGUUCCCUCCGAGAGCAUUCUAUCUCCUUUCAUACAGAAAGCUCUGAGUGAUAUGCCCUUGAUUCAGUCGGACAUCAGCAUUGCCGGUAUCGACAUCUCCAUCAAAGAAAGCACUCUGCCAAGUAGCAUUUUAAUUAACGACGCAAGGAAAUUAGGUUCCGAUGCCAACACAUUUAUAGCCGUGGGCCAUAAAUUGUUAACACCCGAUCGCGUGAACAAUCUGACUGUGCUUAUCGAUUGUCUACUGGACAAUGGCUUCUUAAUAUCGCGGGAGGAUGCCGGGGUGGCAAAAGAUUUCGAAGAUGAAGCUAAGAAGAGGGGCUUGAUAGCUCUCCUGGCCAAAAGAGUGGGACAAGAAGCGUUUAUUCUUUUGAGAAAGCAAAGUCGCGUGCCUAACAGGGUGUCUGAAAUUUAUAUGAAAAACGAUAAUUUCGAUUGGGUCGAUCAAUUGCACGAGACAUUGACUGAAGAUAUCAAUAAGGAAUAUGCUGCUAAGACGAGGGUAAUUUUCGUUGGUGAAGAUUACGAGAUUGGCUUGGUUGGUUUCUUAAACUGUCUAAAGAGAGAAUUGGGUGGCACAGUCGCCCGCGGUAUACUCAUUCAGGACCCCAAUGCACCCAAGUUCUCCCUUAAAGAGCCUUUGUACGCUAAACAAUUGGAAAAAGAUUUGGUGAUGUCGGUGCUGCGUCCCAAUGGUGUUUGGGGCAGUUACAGGCACUUCCCAUUGCCUCCCUUAACGCAAAUCCCCGUGAGGCAUGUUUGGGCCAAUCAAAGCAUUCGUAAUGAUCUGAGCUCUAUGAAUUGGUUCCAAGGGCCCAUUCAAAAUGACCAACAAAGCGAUAAUCUUGUGAAUAUUGAAUACGCAUCCAUCAACUUUAGAGAUGUCAUGCUGGCCAGUGGAAAAUUGGCUGCCGAAGUCGUGAUGAAAACGAGACAAGCGCAAGAGUGUGUCCUGGGAUUUGAGUUUUCCGGUGUGACAUCGAAGGGCAAACGAGUCAUGGGAAUGAUCGAACAUCAGGCAAUCAGUAACGCUUGCCUCGCCGAUAACGAACUACUCUGGGAAGUGCCAAAUCACUGGACCCUCGAGGAUGCAGCCACUAUACCAUGUGUUUAUGGAACUUGCUACUAUGCAUUGUACAUGUCGGGUAAAAUGAAGAAGGGCGACAAGGUGCUGAUUCACGCGGGCACAGGUGGCGUGGGCCAGGCUGCCAUAAAUCUGGCGCUUCACGAGGGCUGCGAGAUCUUCACGACCGUCGGAACACCGGAUAAGCGUAACUUCAUACGCAAGAACUUCCCGCAGAUUCCCGACGAUCAUAUCGGCAAUUCCCGUAACACGAGCUUCGAGCAGAUGAUCAUGACGCACACGGACGGUCAUGGUGUCGACAUUGUCCUGAACAGUCUCGCCGAGGAGAAGCUUCUGGCGUCGGUACGGUGCUUGGCGAGCGGCGGACGUUUCCUCGAGAUCGGAAAGUUCGAUCUGGCGGCAAACAAUCCGUUGGGCCUCGAGUGCUUCCUGCGCGAAAUAAGUUUCAAAGGAGUCAUGCUGGAUAAUUUCUUUAAAGCCACCGCUGCUCAAAAGAAAGGACUGAGGGACAUGAUUAUUGGUGGAUUGAAGAACGGGGCGAUUAAGCCGCUCGUUAGAACGGUCUUCCAAAAAGAUCAAGUUGAGGCGGCGUUCCGUUAUAUGGCGGCUGGAAAGCACAUCGGCAAAGUUGUCAUUAAGAUCAACGACGAAAAGAAGCCGACGAAGCUUAACGUGGGACUGCCACGUUACUACUGCUUGGAGAAUCGUAGCUACAUUAUCAUUGGAGGCCUGGGUGGUUUUGGUCUGGAAUUGGUCGAUUGGUUGGUGCUUCGCGGGGCCAAGAACGUCGUAAUCACCUCUCGUACGGGAAUCAAAACUGGCUACCAGAGAUCACGUACCGAGGUGUGGGAGAGCUACGGGGUGAAAGUCGCGAUAGUCGUUGGUAAGGAUCCAUGGAUUCGCGAGGACUGCCAGAGCAUCGUUGAAACGGCCAUGAAACUCGGCCCCGUCGACGCUAUAUUUAAUUUGGCCGUGGUACUGAAGGAUGCGUUGUGGAAGAAUCAAACGAGCGAGAUGUUCAAGGAGUCGUUCCGUAGUAAGGCUUGGGCAACGAAGCAGUUGGACAUCAUCUCGAGAAAGCUGUGUCCCCAGUUAAGGCACUUUGUCGUGUUUUCCUCGGUAUCUUGUGGCAGAGGCAACGCCGGCCAAACGAAUUAUGGAAUGUCUAACUCCGUAAUGGAGCGGAUCUGCGAGAUUCGCGCGGCCGAAGGUCUGCCGGCUCUGGCGGUGCAAUGGGGCGCCAUAGGCGAGGUCGGGCUUGUCGCGGACUUGCAGGAGGAUAACAAGGAGCUCGUCAUUGGCGGCACGCUCCAGCAGAGGAUAUCCUCGUGCCUCCAGGUCUUGGAUAAUUUUUUGCAACAAGGGGCAACCGUAGUCUCGAGUAUGGUCGUCGCCGAGAAGAAAGCGGGCAUGGACAGUUCGCUUAGCGUCGUCGAAAGAGUUCUCGAAAUAAUGGGCCUGAAAGACUUAAAGUCGGUGAGUCCGCAGACGUCCCUCGCCGAGCUCGGCAUGGACUCGAUGAUGGCCGUGGAAAUCAAGCAGAGCCUCGAACGCGAGUACGACAUCAUACUGACGGCUCAGGACAUUCGUGGCCUGAACUUCAGCAAGCUCCAGGAUAUGUCGGAGAAGACGACGAUAGUACCACAGCAGAGUCAGGACGUGCUGACGGGUAUGAAGCUUCUCAUGCGCGUCAUCGGCUUGGACAGCCUCAGCUCGGAGACGUGCAUCAAGAUGGAGACCGCCGUUGACGAGGGCAAGGGCGAGCAAAGACAGGUCUUCCUCCUGCCGGGUAUCGAGGGUACAGCCAACCCCUACCGGGUUAUAGCCGAUCAGCUCAAAGUACCAGCCUACGUGCUCCAGCUCAAUAACAUAGGGGGAGAGAGUAUCAGCAUAGAGUCGAUUGCUGAUUAUCUCUUGCCGUUUGUGACUGACAAGAUGGGUGAUCGUAAUGACUUUACACUGGUCGGCUACUCCUACGGUUGCACCAUUGCCAUUGAGCUCGCGAGAAAAUUGGAGGCCAAAGGCAUGACUGGAAAACUGAUUUUCAUCGAUGGCUCUCCAGAUUUGAUAAAGUCCAUCGUCAAUCAACAUUUAACUUACAGCUCUGACGAAGAGCUUCAGAGUAACAUUUUGCUAGGCAUGAUGGACAUUAUCGAUCCUUCAAUGAGUUCGGAGCUCGUCGUUAGCAUGUCGAAUAACACAACGUGGGAAGAAAAGCUUCGGACUUUCACUACGUGCAUACGAAAUUCAUCCGUCUGGGAGUCAAUGAACGAGGAUCAGUUGAAAAUCAUCCCGGAAGUGCGAAAGAGAAUCGUCGCUUUGACAAAGUACGAUACAACCGACCUGAAGCCCAUCAAAUCGCCCAUUACUCUAUUGAAGCCGACGAUGCCGACGAUGCUCUUCGCACCCGAAGAUUAUAAACUGGGCAAGCUCACAACAGGAAAGAUAGACAUUUAUUAUGCUGAGGGAAAUCACCGAACGAUCAUGGAUAAUAUCAAAAUUAUCUUGGCAAUCAACGGUGAUCCCAUCGAGGAUCCCGAUGAAUUUAAGGAGAAAUUAAUGGAAGGCAGUUCGUCCAAGGCUGCGAGCUUAGCGCAAUAAUCAUUAAAACGGGAAUUGCGUGUUCUUGUCUUGUAUAUGAAGUUGUUUCGCGAGAGGAGAACAACGUCACGAAGCUUUUUUUUUUUGUUUGUUUUUUU